AUGGGUGAGCACUGGAGUGGUGCCAAUCCUGUUCCGACGGUUCAGAAAUACGUCGAGCGCCUUGACAACGAGAAGAAGGAUCGUGAUCUUCGGAUUGAUGAGGAGAAUCGACAGAGACUUGAACGCGAAAAGAACAACCAAUGGCAUGAUACUCACGGGGAAAAACAUAAUGAGGGCCAGGAAGAUGCGGUCGCUCACAAGGCGCGCGAGGUCUCCAAGGCCAAAAUGCGCACUGUGACUGAUCCGACGACUGGGAAAGAUAUUGGAGUUGAGGAUCAAGAUGAAACAUCAAUGGAAGCUGUCAAGAAUCCGAUGUUGACGGUGCCAAAUGCCAAUAUCGGAGAGCCGACUGAAGUGAAAACCAGCCAUGAUCAAGAACUACCAGAGUAUAAGGAAAAGCAAGAUAUCACCGCCCCUCCCGACCCUAUCGCCGAAGGAACAACAUCCGAUGUGCCAAUCCGUGGCGAGAAGACCAAUGUGCUCUUCCAUCCCACACCGACAAUCUCAUAUGCCCCCAUGUUUAAGCAGCUGGAGAAGCAGGCAACGAAACUAUGCAUCGGUAUCCCUGUUGCUAUCAUUGUUCUUGGUCGAACUUUUGGCGCUUCUCUUUGGGGCCUCAUCCCAUUGGCUGCAUGCAUUGCCAGCGGUGUAUGGUUAUGGGUACAAGAGGUUAUCCGGAGUGGCAAAGACAUGGAAUGGAGUAGCGAGCAGAUGCGUGGGGAAACCGCCACUGCAAACCUUCUUCCAGAGUCGGUGGAAUGGAUGAACUCUUUUCUCGGCGUCGUCUGGGGCCUCAUGAAUCCCGAGAUGUUGACUCCAAUGGCCGACACAAUCGAGGAUAUCAUGCAAGCCUCCGCUCCAAGCGUGGUUGAGAAUGUUCGCAUCGCUGAGAUCGACCAGGGUAACAACCCAAUCCGUAUUCUCAGCAUGCGUGCCCUUCCGGAUGGGCACGUCCAAAACCUCAAGGACAAUAUUCACGAAUCAAACUUGAAGACCAAAGACCCUCAAGAAGCCGCUGCUACCGAGGAAGGAGGCAGCUACUACAAUUUGGAGGCUUCGUUCGCCUAUCACGCUAAGCCGAGCUCUGGAACGGCUUCUUCCAAGGCACGCAACAUGCACAUGCACAUCGUCUUUUAUCUUGGUAUCCGUGGUUUGUUCGGCAUCCCUUUCCCCAUCUUCGUCGAAUUAACCGAGCUGGUUGGCACCGUCCGACUCCGACUUCAGAUGAUGCCCGAGCCUCCUUUCGCAAAGGAUCUCACCUUCAGCUUGGUUGGCAUCCCUCACGUCAAAGCGGCUUGUGUGCCCAUGCUCCGACGUGGAGUCAAUAUCCUCAAUCUACCUCUUAUCUCUAACUUUGUGAAUUCCUCUAUCGGUGCCGCUUGUGCAAUGUUCGCGGCGCCCAAAUCUAUGACUAUGGACGUGAGCAUGAUGCUGCAGGCUGACGACAUUGACAAGGAUACUAUCGCCAUCGGCGUGAUGUGGAUUCGUAUUCACCGGGCUGUUGGUCUGAGCAAGCAGGACCGUCGUGGUAGCGAGGGCGGUGGUAGUGAUCCGUACAUCAACCUUUCGUUCUCGAAAUACGGGAAGCCUAUGUACUGCACUCGUGUGAUCACGGAUGACCUCAAUCCUAUCUGGGAGGAAACUGCCGCGCUUCUUGUCACGCCGGAGCUUAUCAAAGCGGACGAGAACUUGAGUAUUGAGCUCUGGGAUUCGGACCGUAAUACUGCGGAUGAUAUCGUGGGUAAAGUCGAGCUACCUAUUCGGGAGAUGCUUCAGCACCCGAGUAAGAUGUACCCACAGGUAUCUAAGCUGCAGGGUCUUGAUGAGGGUAGCGAGAUGCCGGGUCAAUUGCAUUGGGAGGUUGGCUACUUCGGAAAGCCGAAGCUGCGUCCUGAGCUGCGGACGGAUGGCAAGAAGAAGGAUCUCCCUGAGAAUCUUAAAGGAAAUCCAACGUUUGAGGAUGACAAGGGCACUAUUAACAAUGAGGAAGAGGAUGCAGUUGUGCAUACGCCUCCUGACCCUAUCUGGCCGAGUGGUAUUGUGCAUAUUGUCGUGCAUCAGAUUGUUAAUCUCCAGCUUGCCAAUAUUAAGGGCAGUGACGGAAACCGCAAGGGCAAGGAGUAUGAGCCUGCGAAGGCUUCUGGUGAGAAUACGGAAGAAGAAGGUGGUGAUUUGCCAACAAGUUACUGCAAGAUCAUGCUCAACGAUCAAUUGGUCUACCGCACGCGCCCUAAGGCCGUGAGCUCCAAACCAAUCUUCAACGCUGGAACAGAACGCUUUGUACGUGACUGGCGCUCCGCUGUCGUGACGGUCACCGUGCGAGACCAGCGGUACAGAGAACACGACCCCAUCCUAGGUGUAGUGCCCCUCAAACUAUCCGAAAUCUUCCAAACCGCCUCCCAGGUCACACGCUGGUACCCACUCGAUGGCGGCGUCGGCUUCGGACGCAUCCGUAUCUCACUUCUCUUCCGCCACGUGGAGACGAAGUUACCACCCACCAUGCUCGGCUGGGACGUCGGCACAUUCGAAUUCGGCGCGAACCAGAUCGUCGCUAAGGGUUACGGCCACUAUGCCAAAAUCAAGAUGCGCACCGGCGGAAGUACAGGCAAGAUUCCUCGACACAAGUCACGCGCGGAAGGUGACGACGUGAUCUACGAUAUCUCGGACGAAACCUUCCGCGAUAGCCUCCGUCUACCUGUGAAGCAUCGCUACAGAUCUCCCGUCGUCUUCGAGUUCCACACCAAGGGCAAACGUGGCGCAGCAGCCUAUGCUGUGCUUUGGCUGCAGCACUUGGUCGACAACGAGCACACCGACAUCGAUAUCCCAAUCUGGACAACUAAGAGUGGCCCCCGACUCACUCAGAAUUACAUCACGGAAGAGAAUUGGCGCGCAAAGGAAGUUCCCGGCCUUGAAGAUCUUACCACAGUCGGUCGGCUGCAAUUUAACUGCCACUUCUCGCCGGGUAUCGACGAGUCGCACGAAAAGUUCGUCGUCGACAACGAUUCCCGUGAGACUUUCGAAACAUGGGAAGCUUGCGUCUCGCAGGGCGUUCGUUCCCGCAGUGUCUCUAUCGAAGUCCCCGAGGAAGUCCAACAGAAACAUGAGCAAAGUCUCAUUGACUCCCGAGACGUCCUUAAGAACGCUCCUCCUACUGAGCGUCGCCGUUGGAUCGACCAUGAAGGCCAUGACUGGAGUGGUGCCUUUGGGCAUGAUCCGCGGGCGUACACAGAUUCCAAGGGCCGAAAGGUCGCGGAGCCAGGGCAGGAUAAACCGCUCCAUGAUCCUGUCAUGCCGCCACCACUCAAGGGCCAGCCUUCUGUACGAGGGGGUCCGCAGAAUGGUGAGGAGCAGCAUGAUGAGAUUGACUCUUCAUCAGAUGAUUCUGACAAUGAAUCUUCGUCGGUGGGGCCAUCUAUAGUCAGUGAAAGUGCAACGGCUAGUUCUUCAAAGAGUAUGGAUCAGAGCGAUAAGGCCAAUCGGAGGAGUGAGCAGCGGCAGCAGCGAGGACUGAUGCAGUGGAAACCAGCUCGGAACGCGGCUUUUGUCAAGGAUGAGGCGAAAUUUGCGCUUAGAAAGAUUAAGAAGAAGGUUGGGGCAGGUGGGCUUACGGGACGUGAGCCGGAUGUUGAGACAGAGACCUGA